UUCGACGUCGGGGACUCUCAUUGCACAUUGCGAGGCAGGGUUUGGGCUAGCUCUGGUCACCUUGAUUCGGUUCUUAACUUUCCAUCCCAUUGAUAACGAUGCAGCAGCAAUGAGCAGCUACCUGAAACUCACGACGGUGCAGGUGGUGCAAAGCGUCGACUUCGAGGAACUUGGCAAGACGCUGGAAUGGCUUGUGCAGCGCGUGCAGGAGCUUCCGCAGCCUGGCAGUGAGACCAAGACGAUAGCAGAUUCUCUGCUUCAAGAUCAAAUUGACCAGUUACGCAGGGAGAACCAGGGGCUGAAGGAUUCUGUUGCCCUGCUCCAAGCCAAGCAGGAUGACCUGGAUUCGCGCCUGGACACGAAGCAGGACCGCGACCAGGCAGCCGCUGAUGCGGGGACGGGGCCUGGAAGCGCGGCAGAGCAAGCCGCCGCGCUAGGGGAGCUGGACAAGCGGCUGGGGCAGCUGGAGGAGCGGGUGGCGGGGCAGGCGGCGGCCUCGCCCGCCGCCGCCACCAGCGCGGCAGCAGCUGCCUCCGGCCAUGAGGCCUCAGCGGCGGCGGCAGAGGCGGCGCCGUCUGACGUGGCGGCCCAGCUAAAGGAGCUGCAGCAGGGGCAGAAGGCACUGGCGGCGUCGGUGAGCGCGCUGCAGUCAGAGCUGCAGUCAGAGCUGGACACCAAGGCCAGCUGGGCCGCGAUGGAGGACAAGGUCAACAGGUCGGAGCUGGACGCGCUGCUGAAGGCGGGCGUCAGCCCCGCCGCAGCCGCAGGCGGCGAUGCUGCGUCGGCUGCUCCCGCCCUUGCGGUGGGCGCCGACGGCCUCGUGGACAGCGGCGCGCUGGUGGAGGCGGUGAACCGGGCGGCGGCGGACGUGGCGGCGGUGCGGGGCCAGGUGGCGGUGAUGGCGGACCGGCUGGGCGGCAAGGCGGAGCGGGCCGCCGUGGACGACCUUGCAGCGAAGCUGGGAGCUGUCAAGGCAGCGGCGGUAGCUGCCCCGGCAGUUGGCUCGGCAGUCGCCACCGCACCCUCCGCCUCAGCGCACGCAGCGGCGGCAGGCGAGCCUGCUGCCAGUGCCUCGGCGCUUAGCAGCCUCGCCCAGCGCGUUGGCGAGCUGGAGGCGCGAGUGGCUGCAGGCGCCGCGGCCUCUCCCUCGCCGGCGGCGGCAGCGGCGGAGACUGCCGCUGCGGCGGCGGCAUCGGAGAAGGCGGUGGACUCCAUUGGCCACCUGUCUGACGUGCAGCCGCUGCUGAAGGAGCUGUACGGCAAGGUGGACGGCAAGGCCGACAGGGCCAUGCUGGGCGACGCGCUGCGGAAGCUGCAGGACCUAGCGGCGGCGCUGGAGGGCAAGGCGGACGCCGGCGCAGUGCACGACCUGCAGGCCCGCAUAGCGGCGCUGCCCGCCGGUGCGCCUGCGGCUGCGGCUGCCGCAGCCGGCGCUGCCUCGGGCGACGGCAAGCAGCAGCAGGAGCAGCAGUGGGUGGUUUCGCACGAGGUGAAGGCGGGUGAUGGCGACAGCGACCUGGCAGCGGGGCUGGAGGAGCUGAGGGGCCGCGUGGCGGCGUUGGCGGCGCAGGUGGCAGCGCUGAAGGGCUCGCGGCCGCCGUCGGCGGCGGAGGAGAAGGCGGCGGCCGCCAACGGGCACGUGGUGCCGCCGCUGCCCGCGCAACUGAGGUCAUCGUCUGUGUCGGAGGGCCACGACCUGGCCAGUGUGCAGGCGGCGCUGUCCUCGCUGCACGGGCAGCUGGGUGAGCUGUCGACGCGGCUGGCGGGCAAGGCGGACGGGCGCGACGUGGCGGCGCUGGAGCUGGCGCUCAACGCCAAGGCCGACCUGGACGAGCUGGCGGAGCUGAGGCUGGCGCUGGGCGGCAAGGCGGACGGCGGCGCGCUGGAGCAGCUGCAGGUGGCUGUGGCGGGCAAGCCCGACCAGGCGGCUCUGGAUGAGGUGAAGCUCAUGGCGGCCACGGCGCUGGACGCGGCGGGCAGUGCGGCGCCGGCGGCCGGCGGCGAGGGCGGCGAGGGCAAGCCCGCGGCGGGCGGCUUCAGCAACCUGCUGGACUCGGUCAAGGGCAUGGUUGCGGACCGCGCCACCAAGGCCGAGCUGGCGGCGCUGCAGUCGCAGCUGGGCGGCAAGGCCUCGGCGGAGGAGCUGGCGGCGGUGCGCGCGGCGCUGGACGACAAGGCCUCAGCCGCCGAGCUGGCGGCGCUGGGCUCCGCUGCGGGCCACGCCGGCCGCGGCGCUAACAGCGAGGAGAUCGCCUCGCUGGACGCGCGCAUGGGCGACGUGUUCGCGGAAAUUGCAAAGAUCCGGGCGGACCUGGCGGCGCUGCCGCCUGCGGAUGCGCUGGCAGCGGCCACCGUCGGAGGCGCCGGCGCCGGCGGCUUCCUGUCAGCCAGGGAGGGCACGCCGAACACCGGCGCCGACGGCGCGGCGGCGGGCGGCGGCGCGCUGGCGCGGAUGGUGUCGGCGCUGAAUCGGGAGGUGGGCAGUCUGAAGGAGGGGCUGGACACGGUGGCGCACGCCGCCAACGUGCUGGCGGUGGGGCUGGACGUCGCCACGCGCGGCGGCGGCGCGGGCGGCGUGCAGGGACGCUACAGCGAGUCGGGCGGCGUGGGCGGCGGCAAGGAGGACCGCUCGCCGCGCGGUGGCUACGAGCGGCUGCUCAAGCUGAUGGGCAGCGGCGAGUACCGCAUGAAGAUGGACGCCUUCGACCCCGCCGCUCUGCAACAGAUGGCCCAGAAGCUGGCCUAUCUGGAGGCGACGCUCAAGAGCCCCGCCAUGGGCCGCAUUGGGGCGGGCGGCGGCGCGGGCGGGCUGCCGGACAUGGGCAUCAAGGACCUGGAACGCCAGGUCAAGCGCCUGGCCACGGAUGUGCGGCUGCUGCGGGACAAGCUGAUGGACGGCUCGGGUGGCGGCGGCGGCGGCGGCGGCGGCGGCACGGGGCGCAUGAUGGCGCCCGGCGACCACGCCAUGCUGGCGGCGCGGCCCAUCACCGGCUACCGCUGCAUGGCCUGCGACCGGCCGCUGGACCAGUUGGACGUGUUGCCUGGGCCACACAUACCCACACAGCAGCUGCCCAUCCGCGUGCCGGCCGCCACUGAUGUGUCCACGCGCGGCCAGGCCGCGCGCAGCAGCGCGCGCCCGGGCGCCGGGCCGGACCCGCUGAGCCCGCAGUCAUCGACGCAGAAGCUGCAAUACAACACCGAUCCGAACGUGCGCGGCGUGCAGAACUGGUACAAGGACGCGACAGGCAUGGCGGCUGAGGCGCUGCCGCCGCAGCACGUGGGGCCACACCUGCCGCCCGGCGGCUGGCGGCCCAGCAACCCCGGCAUGGGCAAGCUGACCGGCACGCCCAGCCUACCAACCCUCAACAACGCGCCCAAGGCGCGGUCACCGGUCGCGUCGGAGGCGCUAGACCGGGUGCAGGCGGCGACGCCCAUCAUGGAGGGACAGGCCAACACGUCAUUGCCACAAAUUUCUUGAUGAGGGGAUGACUUGCGGCGCGACAGGCAGGGAUAUGUCGUCGCGGCAGAGGCAGAAAGGUCCUCUGUUCCACUUCACAAUUUACACAGUACCGUAAUCAUUGGCACUGGUCUUGACCAGCACGUGCAUACUGGCACGUGCAACGGCCGCGUGCAUCGUCCCCGUAAGGUACCGCUUGUGCAUGUCGAUCCAAAUUCAUUGAGCAGGAGUCGAUCACCGGACAGGAGUCAAAUGCAUGCGUGUGUGUGCGUGUGUAUGCGUGCGUGCGCGCGUAUGUGGCUACAAGAUGGUGCGCACGAUCUUUGCGUGCCUUCCUGCCUCGCGGAAACCGCCCGGGCCAGGGUGAUACAUAGCUGGCCCGGCAGCUGAGACGCUGUUUGUGCUUUGGGGUAGCAUACGAGAACAAUGUCGGCCUGUGGUUUGACUAUGAGAGAUUUCAGCCCAAGUGGAUGGUUGAAAAUCGCAGACACUGUUGGCGGACCCUGGGACAGCUCAAAGAUAUGUUCGAAUUCGGUAUACCUGCAGGCAAGAGGCCUGAUUCAUGUAGCCCAAGCUGACCGCUAGUCUGGAAGCAUGUGUAAGCCCUUGGGCGGUUAAGUAAAGAUCUGCAACCCAUGUGACCAUAUCGUUGAUCACGUA